CGGUUGAUUCAAGGAAGGUUAUCGCGUAGCGCGGUCGACAUACAGGCGACGCCGUUUCUUGUUUAUUUAAAAUUUAUUUUAUUCUCAGGGAUAUCAAUCCUUAGCUGAUAUCCUUCUGAAGCACCUCUUCUUAUACCACUUUUUUUUUUGUUCGCAAAAGUUCCCAAGCGGAAAAUUGCUUCCAUGUGUGAGAAUCAUAUAGAAGAGCACAAAAUACCUACACCGAAAUCUAACGAGAACGCAUCAGACUACCAAGAACCGUGGAUGCUCUUUGAAAUUUCCGGCUGGACUUUCGUAUAGAAAAGAAGAGUGUAUUAUGCUCCGCAUCUGGAACCCCUAUGAGUACAUUAUGGGCCACCCCUGAUAACAACCGAGAUCAAUUAACCUAAAUUACAUGCAUACUACUCGUCAGCCAAGCUAUAUUAAGAGGGUCAGUACUAAUAUCCUAGAGUUAAAACCACACAGCAUGCUCAUUGAAAACAGGCUUACGCAUGACGAGAGAAUUUAAAGCGAAUCUCUCAUCUGAAUGAUAUUAACAACUGCAAUACGGAUUAGGCCGCACACCCUGUCCUUGUUCUUAAUACGCGCCACCGUUUUGCAAUGACAAUUCUACAUUUUAUUCCUGCCUAGGAGAGAAACUCGGCAAGAAAAGCGAUCGACUCUAUUGUUGUUUGGUAUUUGUCCAAGGUUUCAUCAGUACACCGAGCAGUCUUUUUAUCUCCCCAUCUACCCUCUUGAGUUUUCCUCUAUCUCGCAUUAAUUAACGUCCUUAUCAUUUAUUUGCACGCUUUGGAGAGUAUCCCGAUGUCAUUGGUAUUGCCGAAACUCUCGUAGAUAUUGCGAAUCAGUAUAUAGUGCGCGGACGCGGAGUGAAUCACAGUAGCUACCCUACCCUCGUCUUCACAAUGAAUUCCAACAUGGGAGGCCAUACGAUCCCACUUCGCCACCAGCCUGAGGAGAUAUUCCUAAAACCUCGCAAGCGAGCGAGCUACGAUCAACCGUCUGCGAACGCCAUACGUGAGCGCAUCAGAGCGCAGAACCUGAAGAAAGCGUACAUGGAGCUGCAAAAAACUUUACCCAACGUUCCACCGGAUACCAAGCUUCCUCGGUUGAACAUUCUGUUGCUUGCUAUAGACUACAUAUCGCAUCUUACUUGUGUGUUAUCAAGACAGGAUGCUGAAAUUCCAUGUAACGAUGCAAUACUCAAGCACGAUAUGAUCCAGCCGUUUAUAAAGAAAUGGCCCGCACGUUCCCAGCUUUUCACAGACAUUCAGCAAGAGCCACUUCCAAGCUGUAUGUUUGAGGGGUCUGAAAACAUGGUUAGGCCACGAAUCUGUACGGCUGUUUAACUAUAAUUUUAGACGUAUUACCUUAAAGGAAACAUGGAGAUAGAUUGGUACUACAUAGGUGCGAUCUACAGCAUCAAAAGGUUUAUAUACAACAGUCGAAGUUAACUAAUUCAUUAUAAAGAAAAUAUUACUCAACAUAUCAUGUAAAUUAUAUCUGUUUUCGUUCUUGAUGUGUAUUCUAAGUAGUAUUCAAUUCCAUACAGACUAUAUAGAGCCAGCCAGAAUAAACAAAUGGAUCACCCUUGAA